AUGACCAGCCAAUACUAUCCUCCCCCGCCAGCAGCGGCAGCAGCACCUGCCACCCAGAGAAGCUACCCACCGCCGCCCCAGUCGCCGCCAGCCACUCGCACCAACUUCUCGUACGGCGGUCUGCAGUCGCACCCGUUGUCGCCCCGGCAAGCCACCGCCUUCCCGCCGCCGCCUGGCCAGACUGCUGCUGCUGGCUCACCCGCGCCGUCUCACAAAUCGUCGUACCCUCCUCCUCCCCAGCAGCAGCAAGCUUCGCCUUCCCAGGCAGCACCAGCACAGCAACGCUACCCACCGCCGCCGAAUCAGCAGCAGGCACAGCCCCAAACGCAGACGCCGCAGCCGCAGCAGCAGCAGAAGCAACAGGCGGUGCCCAUUCACGACCGCACGCCGUCCUUCUCGUCCCGCGCCUCGUACUCCUCCUCGCAAGUGUCCCAGACCCAGCCGCACCAGCAGGCGGUGGCCACUUUCGCGCCACCGCCUACCUACGGUGACAGCGGCGGCAACAGUGAGACUGGUGCCGACUACCCGGCGGAGAAGGGCAAGUCGGGUGGUGCUGCUGUGGGCAAUAGCUUUGGCUACACCGGCAAGGCCGACCACGAGGAGGGCGACGACGACGACGAGGACGGCGACGAUUACGGCCGCCUGCACGACCAAGGCGGUGCCAUUGGCCAGAUCGCCGGCGCGCCCGCGCCGGGCAUGUUCACGGGCGUGACGGCCGUCGUCGACGAUGUCGGCACCUUCAACGGCGGCAGCUACCGCAUCAGCCACCGCGACAGCAACACGAUCCUGACCAUCCAGCUGGCCAUUGGCUGCCCGCUGACGGCCAAGCCGGGCGUCAUGAUUGGCAUGUCGCCGUCCAUCACGCUCAAGGGCGCCUUCAAGUUCAGCAUGAAGAAGCUCGUGGCGGGCGGCGAAAUCAGCUCGUCCCUGUUCACAGGGCCCGGCGAGCUGCUGCUGGGCCCGCCCAUGCUCGGCGACAUUACGAGCAUCCGCCUGACGGGCGAGGGCGCGUGGUCCGUCGGCCACGACGGCUUCCUGGCGUGCACGCAGGGCGUGGUCAAGGAGUACAAGCGCCAGGGCCUCGGCAAGGCCAUGUUCUCGGGCGAGGGCCUCUGGGUGUACAAGAUCCGCGGCAUUGGUCUGCUAUGGAUCUCGAGCUUCGGCGCCAUCAUCAAGAAGGACCUCGUCGAGGGCGAAAAGUACAUUGUGGACAACGGGCACCUGGUGGCCUGGAACACAAAGUACAUUCUGGAGCGCGUGGCCUCGGGCGGCAUCAUUUCGGGCCUUGCGUCCGCCGAGGGCCUGGUGUGCAAGUUUACGGGGCCCGGCACGGUCUACAUCCAGACGCGGAAUGCGAGAGCAUUCAGUGCCUUCAUGUCCGGCCAAACGAUGCAGGUGUAA